AUGUCGUUGUUCAAGCUGGGCACCCGUAGACUGAGUAGAUCGUCCUUGCGCAAGUUCGGCAGGCUGCUGGUGGUGGCAGCGGUGGCUCUGGUGGUGUACCGGCACGUCGCUGGAGGUGCUGGUGGCCGGGACCCGCAGCUUGCGCAUCCAGCGUUGAUGGAGGCACUCGAGACGUAUCGAAGGUACCGGUUCGAGACGGAGAGCUCGUGGAUAGACUCGUACUCGCUGCAGCGGAACCUGCUGCAGGUGCGGAAGGGCCCGCACCGGGGGUCCAAGGUCGGCAGCAUCGAGGAGCUGAGCUUCUACGACAGCGAUCCACGUCUGGCGUGGACGGUGUACCUGGACUACUUCAUGAGGCCGGACUUGCUGUCGAACGAGGAGAUAGAGUUCUCGUGGUACGAUUGGGCUGACUUUGGGGACUGGAACAAGCUGGUGUCGCUGGAGAACACGCCGUUGAACUGCUCGGUGGUGUUUGGGAAGCACUUUGACGUGGACUUUCUGCAUGAGGCAGAAGCUGAGGUCGGCGACGUGCUGUUCCUCAGCGAGAGGGCGUGUUACGACGACGAGAGGUGGUACAGGAAGCAGCAAUUGCUGCGGAACAGGCCCGACGGUCCGCCGAGCGACCUGGCAGGGCUCUGCGAGCCCAGGAGCCGUGGCAGGUUCCAGCUGCCCUUCGAGGUGGCGCAGUUGCACGACGGCGUGCGGCCGGAGGUGUUUACGUUGCAGGCGAGGUCGCAUCUGCUGUCGCAUGUGGCGCAGCCGCUGUCUCUAGUGGUGUUGGAGCGCGAUAUCGGCUGCUACCGGCUGGGCGUUGGCCAGCGCGGCCGUGGAAAUCUGGUGCAGUCGGGGCUGCUGGCGAGAUACCUCGAGGAGCAUGAGUCCGAGAUGGACGCCCGUGGUGACAUCGAGUUCGACCAUCUGGCUGCCUACGAGAGGUUUCUCAACAGCUCGGUCUCUGCAGGGCUCAGAGUCGAGAUCCCAGGGCUUGACCGCGAGAUUGCUGAGCAGGAGACGGUCUUGUUGUCGCCAGAUGACUUCGAAGUGGACGUGAGAGAGAUUAUCGAGGAAUUGAGACGUUCGAAGGCCGAGAACUUGCUCUCGACCCAUGAAUCGCGGUAUCUAGAGAGUCUUGAACAUUCGAUCACUGUCUCGCCUUGGCUUGCGAAGAAAUACUUUCCUGAAGCGGAGAGGAUCAAGGGCCUCAUUGGUAUGGGGAGCCAUCGCGACCUCAGGUUCUUUAAGGAAGCCCUGAUUUGGGACCCGGAGGAGUACAACGCGAGAUUGAACUCUCUAAUUAGAAAUUGGCUCAAGUUCACGAGAGCUAACGGACUGAUCACCUGGAUUGCUCAUGGUUCCGCCUACGGUCACCUGUACAAUGGUCAGAGGUUUCCGUGGGAUAACGAUUACGAUGUUCAGAUGCCAAUCAAGCACUUGCACCUGCUGAGCAGAUAUUUCAACCAGAGUUUGAUCUUGGAAGACCCCAGAGAGGGCAACGGCAAGUUUCUUCUUGAUGUUGGUGACUCGAUCACCGUGAGAACCCCUGGCAAUGGUCGCAACCGCAUUGACGCUCGCUUUAUCGACAUCGACUCUGGAUUGUACGUCGACAUUACUGGGCUGAGCGUAUCUUCGAGUCCGAUUCAUUCUAAUUUCAAGAGUUUUUACGAUGCGAGGGCUCCAUCAGUAGAUUUGAAGAGCAUGCAGAAGGGGUUUGAGUUGCCGGAACGAGGUCAGGAACUCAAUGCGCUCGACGUUAACCAGCUCGCCGAUUAUGUCGCCUCUCACCGUCAGCUUUUCCAGAAUGACCAGAUAAAGGACGUGAAUAAUGGCAAGCGGGCGGAAAAGCAGAUUCAGACUAUGGAAACCAUUCUGCAGCAUGGCCUGACGCCCGAGGAACGUUACAUCAUGAAUCGGGAACUAAAGAUCUAUAACUGCAGGAACAAUCACUUCAUGACGCUGGACUUACUCUCUCCGCUGCAGCGUUCCCUGUUUCAUGGGGCCCCAGCCUUCUUCCCUAAGCAAAACCUAGUGGUGUUGAGAAAUGAAUACAAUGUGCCUGCCAUGUACGGCUUUCACGUCUUUGAGGGCAAAGCUUUCUUGCCCGCCCUGCACUCUUGGUUCACGUACAGUGUUUUGCAGGACUUUACCAAGAUAAACAACAAGUACCCAGACCUGGAGAAACUGAAGGGCACCGUCAGCGAUGUGCAGAUUGAGGACACGGACAUAAUAUUUAAGAACAUGUUGCAGCUGGGUCUUGUCGAGCUUUUUGCUAUUCAUUACACAAGCUUCGAUGUUACAGCUUAUAGAGUCAAAGAGCUGGAAAUCCAGUAUGAUGAAACCAUAGACAGAAGCGAAAGAGGGCGCUUAUUACAUGCUCUUUGGACUCAAGUAAGCCCAAAAGUCUCAUCGCCCGCCAAGGACCCAGUGAUAUUCAGUUACGAGAGAAAUCUGUGGCGUGAAAUGGUUGCACUGUUGGGGAAGCAGAAAAGUCAAGAAAUUCAGACGGCCGUGGAACAAGCGGUGCUCCAGCAAUUAUCGUUGAAAGCUCAGCAAAUGCAUCGUCGCGAGCUGCCAUUGUUUAAAAUUCACAAUCCCUCCGACGAGCUGACGGACGAUCUCAACACAAGUGUCAAACCUAUUCCCAAUGCAAACGUCAUUUUCAAAGAAGAGCCUGACAUCUAA